CCAUAUAAAUGCCUGGAGUGUGGAAAGAGUUUCAAUCUGAGGGGAAACCUUUAUACACAUCAAAAAAUUCACACUGGAGAGAAACCCUAUAAGUGCCUGGAGUGUGGAAAGAGCUUCACUCAGAAGGGAAACCUUUAUAAGCAUCAAAGAAUUCACACUGGAGAGAAACCCUAUAAGUGCCUGGAGUGUGGAAAGAGCUUCACUCAGAGGGGAAACCUUUAUAAGCAUCAAAGAAUUCACACUGGAGAGAAACCCUAUAAGUGCCUGGAGUGUGGAAAGAGCUUCACUCAGAAGGGAAACCUUUAUAGUCAUAAAAGAAUUCACAUGGGAGACAAACCCCAUAAAUGCCUGGAGUGUGGAAGGAUCUUCACUCUGCGGGGAAACCUUUAUAGACAUCAAAGAUUUCACACUGGAGAGAAAUCCUAUGAGUGCUUGGAGUGUGGAAAGAGUUUUACACCUCAGUUGACAUCAAACUAUUCAGACAAGAAAAAAAUCCUAUAA